AUGUCUUCCACAGGUCAGCCGCCAUCGGCCGGGUCAGCACAAAUGCGCAGUGCAAAGAAACCACAACGUCAGCCCUUCUGGCUGGGAGGCGCUGCGGGCUCUCUCGCGGCAUGCUGCACCCACCCUCUUGACCAAACCAAGUAUCGUAUGCAAACCAUGGCCUCUCGGCAGAGCAUGCUCAGUACCAUCACAUUCUUCGCGCAACGUGAUGGUGUUGUGUCGCUUUGGUCAGGCAUUUCAGCCUCGAUCUUACGCCAGUCCACGUACACGACUCUUCGGUUUGGCGCAUAUAAUUACAUGGCGCAGCGAGCCCGUGAGAAAACCGGGCAGCGGAAGCUUUCAUCGAUGACAGAGAUCGCCCUCGCAGGCGCCGCGGGAGCCAUGGCGGGGGUAGUCGGAAAUCCGACCGAGGUCGCCUUGGUGAGGAUGUGUGCUGAUGGGGCGAAACCUGCUAUACAGCAAUUCAAAUAUAAGAAUUGUUUCGAUGCAAUUGUGCGGAUAGCCAGAGAGGAGGGUGUUCAAACAUUUGGACGAGGCUGGCGCCAAACAUCGUCCGAAGCGUCAUCAUGA